AUGGUGUCUUCUUUUGCUCGCUUGGCUGCGUUCCUCAGUGCCCUCUGCGCCAUUUCUAGCGCUGUGUCCAUCCCGCUCGCUGGAUCUCACACGGAGAAUGUCCAAUCUCGUGACAUUUCCCGUCGCUCAGUCCCUAGUGCUCCUCGCUUCGUGGUCUACCAGGAUGCUUGGAUCUCUGGUGAAACCGGUCCUCCCGCCACUUCGGACCUCAACGGUUAUAACGUCUUUGCCAUGGCGUUCCUACUCACCGGUGGUCCGGCUGACCAGGCUGAGGAGUGGACUUUGCUAACGGCUGAUGAACGUAGCACCAUCAAGUCGCAGUACAACGCCGCCGGGAUCAGCCUUGUCGUCUCUGCCUUCGGUACGACCGAUUAUCCUACCACUUCUGGCAGUGAUGCCACUACUGUCGCCAACUAUAUGGGUCAGUGGGUUCUGGACUACGGCUUGGAUGGUAUUGAUGUCGAUUACGAGGAUACGACCGCCUUCAACGGUGGUACGGGUAGCGGAGAGACCUGGCUUAUCGACUUCACCACUCAGCUUCGCACGCUCAUCCCUUCAGGGUCCUACAUCAUCACUCACGCUCCCUUGGCACCAUGGUUCGCUCCUGACAUAUGGGGAGGAGGAGGUUAUUUAAAGGUUCACGAGUCCGUCGGUGAUCUUAUUGACUGGUACAAUGUUCAGUUCUACAACCAGGGCGCCUCGGAAUACACCACAUGCGAUGGCCUCCUGACUUCUUCGUCGAGCACUUGGCCUGAAACGGCUCUCUUCCAAAUCAUUGCCAGUGGUGUUGACUCCGACAAGCUAGUCAUCGGGAAGCCUGCUACGACAGGUGAUGCCACCAACGGCUACGUGGAUUCUGCUACUCUUGCCACCUGUAUUGCGCAAGCAACGUCGGAGGGCUGGGGAGCUGGUAUCAUGGGUUGGCAAUACCCUAACGCCCUCUCAUCCUGGAUCACAACCGUUCGCGGCUCGGCCUUCCCCCUCGGCACUAUUACCACGUCCGCGGCUGGCACUACUACUACGUCCGCUGCGGGCACGACUACGACCAGCGCUCCUGGCACCAUCACUACCACCACCACGUCCGCCGCAGCCACUACGACUGCUUCGAGCAGUGGAUGUAGUGGCGUUAGUGCUUGGGACUCGACUGUAGCGUACACCGGUGGCGAAGAAGUCUCAUAUGACGGACAUCUUUGGACCGCCCAGUGGUGGACUGAGGAUGAUACACCUGGUACGUCCCCUUGCAUCUUCUCCCGUUUUGUUUACUCAUAG